AUGUUCAGUCGACGGCACAAGAGUCAGCAUCACGUCGACGGCCGCAGGAAGAAGCCAGAUACUCUAUCAAGUGCUCUGGGCGACCUGGGCCUCAUUGCCAGUCCACGGUCAUCAAAGUCGGCCGGCCCUCGGUUUAGGCCUGAAAGUAGUGCAACGGAUGCUCCGUUCCAUCUCGAGGGCCAUUCCCCUAGCAUCCCAGCCUCACGCAGCACCGUUUCUCUCCAGCGAGGGCGGUCUGCGAGCACUACCAGUACCGCUACCGCUACAUCUAGAAGAGUAGGCGGUAUCGACAACAACGUCAUGUCGAGCAGCGCGGAUCGAGGCCGCAUGCGGCGGGACAGGACAUUCGUCGGCAGCGAAUGUGCCGUCUGUGAGGAGCCGCUGGAGCACACGCUGCGAGGCGAGCGAAUCCUACAGUUCUCUUGCUCCCACGUCUCUCACGAAGCCUGCUUCUACGAGUUCAUCCGCGAAAUGGAAUCACAAUACUGCCCAACCUGUGAUGCCCCGCUACAUCUUGACUCCAGCCGAGGCGGCAAUGUCCUGGACAUCAGUUCGUCAUCUAGACGCACGGAAACGCAGAAGCAUGCCGCUAAUUCAGACGUAGACAAAAUCAGCAACAUGGUGCGUACUGCCGGCACCGAGUCAAGGGCUGGCACCGUCACUCCUGCGCCCACCUGGGAAAGCCAGGGGGCGCCCAGCGUAGAUACCCAAAGGCGUCAACAGUUGACGCACACUCCGAGUGUUGGCAGGACGAGCCAGCGCGAUGUCAGGGACAACAGCUCAGAUCGCUAUGCUUCUACGAGGCAUACUCGCAAUGACAGCACCGGCAUGGCCUCGUCUAACGGCUAUCCUGAGACCGCACAGAGCGGCUCCCAAUGGCGCCACGACUACGACGUCCAGACAAUGGAGACGACACCUAGCAGCCCUCGUGCCGCUACCAGAAACCCUAUUCCCCCGCCGAUUGUUACCGUUCGCUCCGAGUUUCCUACCGUCAGCAGGUCUCGCCAGCAGCAGACGCUCACGUGCCUCGUUACCAUUGAAGUUCCUGACAACAAAUGGAGGCCAGACCCCGAGGAUAUUGGCUCGCCGGUGCAGUCGCAGUUGGCUGUUAACCCGGGCGUUCCUGAGGUGGCCCCUCGCGCUGUAUCACCUGCUUCGACACCGACGCCGAAUCCCCCACGUUUCCAUCCUUACGAGUCCCCUGAGGUUUUGGAAGAAAUGACGGAGAAUCUACGAAGUCGCGUCGAUAACUGGCAUGGAUUAGAGUUCAAUAGAUUUGGGCAGCUGAGACUGUGCGGCACGUUACGAGUGGGCAAAGAUAAAGUGUCAUGGCAGGAGCUCGAGUGUUAUCUCUUCUCCGAGAUGCUCAUUUGUGUCAAGGAGAAGAAGCUCCCGCCCCACUGGGAUGAGUCGGGCGGCCAACGAAAGCAAGCUACUCGCUGCACGCUCAAGGGCUCCAUCUUGAUCAAGAAGCAUCUCAAUGACGUAACGGAAACGGGAGCUAUCGACGAGAACGUCCUUACACUCAAUCUCUCUGUGCUCGAACUGCCACAAUUUCAUCUCAGGUUCGACAAUCGCAAUCAGCUUAAGCUAUGGAACCAAGCUCUAUUGGAUUUGAACGCUGUCGAUUUUGCCCCUUCUCUUCGAAGCCCCGAUCUGGACCGCGGAGAGUUCUCUGAGAAUGACGAGGACGGGGAAUGGGGCCGAGCUGGCCAGCAGCGCGUAUCCUCCAUUGCUUCUUCCUGGGGCCACAAGUCCGGCACGACGGCACAGACCGAGUAUACCAAUGUGCCAAGCAAGACCAUUCGCCUCCCCAACGCUGUUCACGUCCCGAUCGACGUCGUUGUCGUUGUUCCCAUCUCUUCGUCAAUGCAGGGUGUUAAGAUCAACCUCGUCCGUGACGCACUCAAAUUCAUGGUCAGCACGCUGGGUGAGAGGGACCGCAUGGGCCUCGUCACAUUUGGUUCUGGUGGUGGCGGCGUGCCAAUCGUCGGCAUGACCACCAAGGCUUGGCCCGGUUGGUCCAAUGUCCUGGGCUCAAUCAAACCCGUUGGUCAGAAGAGCCACCGCGCCGACGUGGUCGAGGGUGCCAACGUUGCUAUGGAUUUGCUGAUGCAGAGGAAGCACAACAAUCCCAUUGCUACCAUUCUACUCAUCAGCGAUGUGUCGACAUCCGACGCCGAUUCUGUGGACUUUGUCGUCUCUAGGGCAGAAGCUGCAAAGAUCACCAUUCACUCCUUUGGGCUGGGAAUGACCCACAAGCCUGACACAAUGAUUGAACUCUCGACGAGGACAAAGGCAUCGUACACAUAUGUUAAGGACUGGAUGAUGCUACGGGAAUGUCUGGCCGGGUGCUUGGGCAGCAUGCAGACACUGUCUCACCAGAACGUCAAGCUCAAGCUCAAGCUCCCAGAAGGAUCACCUGCCAAAUUUCACAAGAUCAGCGGCGCUCUGCAAAUCACCAAGCGGGCAACAGGGAGAGACGCUGAAGCGUCGCUCGGCGAUCUACGAUUUGGAGAUAAGCGUGACGUGCUGGUUCAGCUCGUCAUCCUUCCGGACACCUCUUCUCAGGAGACGCUUGCUCCGGACCCAUGGGAUAACAUUGUCUCAGGCCUGGAGGCUCUUGGCGGGUCGACAGAUACCGAUACAGAGAGAACCCUUUCGGUGGAGGAAGUGCCACUGAUUCAGGCUGAUCUCACCUGGGGUGACAUCUUGAGAGAUGGCACCACAGCUCAGAUGCCACGACCAUCUCUUCUAGCCAUUACCAUGCUGCCAGCAUAUCUUAGCCAGAAGAAUAAGUGGCAGAAUACGCCGCCCAUCCCCCCGCACCCCAGCGUUGUCCAGAGGCGAAUGGAGCUGCUCACCUCAGACAUGCUCACGCGUGCCCUGACUCUCGUGAGCCGUGGCCAGCACGACCGCGCUCAUACACUGUUGAACGAAACUCGUUCCAUCCUCAAGGGCCUCGGCAAAGGUGGCUUGCCACCUGUACCUCCCAGCAAAUCGCUACCUUCGACACCGCACCCAGGCAACGAUGGAUCUCCAGCAUCCGGAACUCCAGAUCGGAAGCGCAGCCCUUCGCCUACGUCGGCAACGUCCUCCUCUGGGAAUGGCCCGCCUGCGCUUGGCCCUCCCCCUCAGCUAGGUCGGUCGCGAUCCACCGAUGGACUGACACUCGGCGUCGGUAUCGACGCUACAACGGUCGCUGCUCUCGAUGCUGAACUCGAGAGCAGUCUGGAAUGGAUCCAACACCCUGCUGUGUUCGGCCGCGACAGUCGUAAGGCGGUUCUCCAAGCAAUCGGCGUUAUAAGCUCACAACGUGCCUUUACGUCGCGGAGCCCAAUCGAGAGUCUGUGGGCGACCCGGAUCGGUGGCAUCAAGCGCCUUGCAGAACGCAGCCGGGAGUGGCGAGAAGAAGGCGGCGGUGAGGGCGGAAUCACUGAAGAGGCAUGA